AAGAAACAUGGCGGCGUCCAGUACAGCGGAGCACUCUCCGGAGAUAUCGACGCCUUUAAAGAUACCGAAAACCGAGGUGGCAUCACCCGAGUCGGAGGAUUUGAGUGACAGCAAUCAAUACCACUCCAACCCCUCGACGCCUAACCGCUUCUCGCCUCUGAACGUGGGCUCCGGCACCGCGGGCCGGACGGCGGCCUCAUCCUCCAACAGCUUCACGGCUUGCCGGGGGAUGUCGUGGACCCCGUCCGAGACCAACGCUCUCAUCGCGGUGUGGGGCAACGAAAGGCUGACGGAGGCGCGGAUGCAGCAGCUGGAGGUCGCGGGCACCGUGUUCUCCGGUAAGGCCCCCGGGCCCGCCAUGUACGAGCGGGUGUCCAGAGCCCUGUCGGAGCUGGGAUACGAGAGGACCCCGUCCCAGUGCCGGGAGAGGAUGAAGACGCUGCGGCGCUGUUACAGCCGCGUGAAGGAGCACGGCAUUGGCAAGAGGAAGAGCAGCUACACCAUAGAGCAGCUGGAGAAGGUGUUCGGACAGGGGGGCUGGGACUCCCAGAGCUGUGCCCCCGUGCUCAUCAACAGCAGCGGGCUGUACCAGGAGAUGGAGUCUGACAGCAGCACCCUGGAAGACUUCUCCCAGGAGGACUGGUGCAACCAGGUGCUGGACUCUGCCUUUCAGGAGGGGGACAUGGAGACUGAAGAAAUCCAGAUGCCUAAAGACCGUGCCCUACAGAUCCAAAUAGAGCUGUCAGAACAAAUCCAGAAAAGGGAGACCAUGCAGACCGUGAUGCGCAUCCUGGAGUCGGUGCAGCUCAAAUGGGAGCACUUCCAGACGUGGACCGAGUUCUCUCGGCUGCACCUUUCCAACAAGCUGGCCAUCUUCGGCGUGGGCUACAACACGCGCUGGCGCGAGGACGUGCGGUACCACUACGCCGAGAUCAGCUCGCAGGUACCGCUCGGCAAGAGGCUCCGCGAGUACUUCAACCCGGAGAAGCCCGAGGGUCGCGUGGUCAUGACCCGGGUGCAGAAGAUGAACUGGAAGAAUGUCUACUACAAGUUCCUGGACAUCACCAUCAGCGAGGCGCGCUGCCUGGAGCUGCACAUGGAGGUGGACUGGAUCCCGGUGUCCCAGUCCAGGGCGCCGGGCUGCGGCAAGGCGACAUCCCACUACCUGCUUCCCGGGGACAUCCCAAAGGCGUACGGACUGUACGCCAUCGGCUACGAAGCCCAAGACCUCAGCUGGCCUCGGCCCAACGGGGCGCCGAGCCAAGCCGACGGAGAAGGUUCGGAGAAGUGGGAAAGGACUGUAGGGGAAGUCACCUACUGCUACCUGGGCAUCGCGGAGGAGAGGACCAUACAGCAGAGCCUCUUCCAGCACUUCCAGGGCCCCGGCAAACACUACGGCCACGCCGAGCCCCCCGCCGUGACGCGCUUCCUGCAGGAGAACUGCAGCGGCGCCGCCGCCGCCAAUCAGAACGGGGACGGCGCGGAGGACUCGUCGCAGCGCUUCGCCAUUUACAUCAAAUUCAUCGAGGUGGAGCUGGACUUCCUGUCGGCGGGCUCCCUGCUGGAGUGCCUGGAGACGGCUGUGGGCUGUCCCCUGAAGUACAACAACAAAGACGCAUCGUAACCAAACACGGCGUUUCGCAUCUUGUACCGACUGAAGAUGAGCACAGCGUUCUGCGCCGGUCAGGCCCCAGAAAGGGGGGGGCUCUGUCUUUUUCCAACGCAUGUGUGUGCAGGAGUCUGCCAUAUUUUCACCGCCUGUUUGAUUUCUCAUGGGACCAUUCGUUAGGUCCAAAAGGAGUGACUGCACAGCAGGUGUAUUGUGCACAGCUGUGGCUACAAUAACUUAAGUAUAACAGAGCUGCAAUAUCCAAGAAGUAUGUACUUAUUAUUUAAGGCUUAUGUGCACUACAAAGGUGUCUGCUGCUCGUUUAGUGUAGAUAAGUAUUCCCUCAUCAGGGAGCGCGUGGUUGGCUAGGUAACUACUGCAGCAUGCAUCCGUUUACCUCCGUGGGAUGUGCCGAAUAAGGCAUCGUGGGGUGGAUUUAUUCUCAAAUCUGCCGUUAGCUAUGACUGCGGAGGUCUGGACCUGAGCUCACGGAGGAGUGGCGUGCUGGUCUUUAGCAUGUGGAACAGAGCUGCAGCUGGGGAUGCCUCCAUGCAGGGAGGCACCCGGGAGGUGGUGCACGAACCCAUCGGGCCGGGCCGCCUUGGUGGUUUCCUCUCCAUUUCAAUUCAGCGCUGAGCCGUGCGUGGCGCUUCAUGCCGAACUGGGGCGGCAGCUCCGUGCAGCAAGUAAAUAAAACGCCACGUGUUGCCAACGGCGCUGUAAAUAAUGCACGCUUCUGCAAGAUCGCAGACCUUGGCCUCUCUCUCCCCCCCCCCCCACCGUUGCGCUCUCUGCGCAUAGGGGUUUAAAUGAACGACAACAAUAAACAAAUGCUGAGUUCUGUGCAAGCAAUUUAAGGCCGCGAUUCUUGUGUCAAAUAUGGCAGGCUUCAUUCUGUGAGCAGACAGUCCGUCGCCGUUGUUUUUGUUUUUUUCAAAACAUUUGAAUAUUCAUUUUCAUUUCAUUUGAUUAUCUGCUUUGAACAACUAUUUGAAUAGAUAUUCGAAUAUAGAAUAUUCGCUGACAGCCCUAGUACCCGGAUGCCUGUGUGGUGUUAACGACAUGAUGAUUGAUAAGAUGUGACGUGAUUCCUGAUCACAUACCAGACCUUGCACAUCCACAUGCCUCGGUAGGUCUGUGGUGUUGAGGGCUUUGCUCCUGCAGAAGCGAGAGCUCUAUACUCUGGAACACUGCCACACACUCAGGUAAAUCUCAACUGGCUUGUAAUUCAGAAAGUGCUUUCAAAACAUCCGUGUGAGCCCUCUUCCUUAUUUUGAACAUUUUUGGAAAAGAACAGCUAACGGUCAUCGAGUGUUCGAUCUCCGUCUACAGCUGUGUCCUGAGAGAGUAAAGAGACUCGCUCUAAGCUGAAAUGGAACCCAACUCGCAGUAACGUUGGGUCACUGCAUCCAUGCAUAAUGGACCACAUCAUUGGAGCCUCCCCAGCUGCAGUGGUAAACCAACACGCACUCUCCUUCUGAUGGGCGGGAGCCGGGCCUCGAGCCCUGAGAUGAGACUUGAAGUCAGGUAAAGAAAAUCAACGUGCAAUGUGCCAGGAGAGGACCAGGAGAGAAUCAACAGGUCCAUAUUGAAUCUAUAAAUACAUGAAAUCUACCUGAAAUAUCUAUAAUGUAUAUAUAUACACAUAUAUAUUUAAAAAUAUUGAUGUUCUUAAGCAUUUUGGCUUUUGAAAACUUGCAAUGUUCAUUUGUUUCUGGUAUAUAGUCUAUGAAGAUGAAUAUGAUAUUUUAUAUUUUAUUGGUUGACACCGUGUCUCGUAUGUGAAUGUCUUGAAGUCACCGUCUUGUACGUUUACAUGUUUGAAAAAACAAUAAAUGGGGCCCUUACUGUCAUUUGCCACACGGUGAAAAGGGAAUCUCUUCAUUUAGAAUAUCGGAU